AUUCGACUCUUGUAACUCUGGAACUUGUCGACAUCGAGCCAACGGCCAAUUGAGAAAGCGCGAAGAGCCCUCGACGAAGCAGCUCAAAAAGGAAGGUGGGCCCAGCAUAUUUAUCUGAGUGCAUCUCCGCCUGGAGACCCCUUUACAUCCAACAACCAUGAACCAAUAUCCAGGAUAUGGCUACUAUGGCCAGCCAAUGCAUCACCAGCAAUACCCCCACCAGCCAGGGCCAAUGCAAAUGCAACCAGGCAUCCAGCCAGGGCCUCAUGGCUAUCCCCCAUUCUAUCCGCCCCAUCCCUCCCAACAGAUUCCUCCAGGCCAGGGUCCCAUGCCCGUGCCAAGCUACGAUGCAGAGGCCUACACGAAUCCUCAGAGUAUACCUUCAUCUUCCAACCACCUCAGGAAGAGCAAACGUGCCUCGGCUCCUGCAGCUAGUGCGUCACAACCCCAGCCACUGAAAUCGGCGAUGAAGCAACCGAAAGUGACCGCAACGCCUGUAGUCAGUUCUAUGGAGUUCCCUCAAGCGGCGUACAGUGGCUACCCUCUGACAAGACCGAGAACAAACUCGGUGGGGCAUCACAACGGCGAUGCCAGACGGCGAGCCAACUCGAACGCUCCUUCAUAUCACGACCAUAGUGGGAUAGAUCCACCUUUCCAGGCUGUACAUAUGUUCAUCUCGUUCCAUGGCCAGAAUGAGAUACGGCUUGAGAAUGUUACGGAACUAGCCAUGAAGGAGCUCCGAGAGAAGAUCUGGUGUCUCUGGCCAGAUGGUGCAGACGCGCAGAUGCUAAGUCCUGACGAAUGUGUCGUCAGGUUCCGGAAUCAACCAUGGGACAUCUCCGGUCCAAACUAUUUGACUGCUAUUCGAAUGCUUCAAGAACUUUUUACAUUGUGUUGUCGCAGGGGAUACGUAUUCCAGACCGCGAUUAACACAGGUCAUCAGCAAGUCCCUCGGUUAAUAUUCCAGGUUGAGAACCCCGAUCUUAGCAGCCAGUUCUUUUUGGCGUAUUUCUCGUCCAGUGGACGGCGGUUAACGAUUAUUAACGCACCCAGCAAUGUUGAGCUCGGGCUAAACGCUCAGCUCAAAGCGGCAUUGCCUCGGAAGAUCGACACCCAGCCAGUCAUGCACCCUGGCUCCACUGACAAUAUCCGAUACUACGAAAUUAAACGAGGUGUCAAUCCGUCAGUUGAAGUGGCUCCUAGCGUCUUCCUGGCUCAUAUUCUCAAAAUCCUCACUACUCUCGGCUUCGAACUGAAUUUCUCCAUCGCCCUACAAAAGCGACAGUCCCUUGGACUCCGUUCUACAACUCAAGAAGUCCUCGUCUUCAAAGGUGCUCCGAUUUCUGGCUGA